AAAAAUCACAAGUGUCAGCUAACUUCAGUAUCAUUUCACUCAAGUAUCAAGCUCAAGACCAUCAAUCAAACUCAGCCAAACUUACUACUGUUGCGUCGUAUUUACUCCGAAUAUUAAAUAUUUAUCAUUAAUAACAACACCAACAAACAAAUAUAAUUAAAAAAUGGCGCAAAAAAACAAUGACAUGGAAAUGAUUAAUGAUGAGGAGAUCAAAACUGCGGGACAACCUUUGUCAGACUUUCUUCUCCAACUAGAAGAUUACACACCCACGAUUCCUGAUGCAGUAAGUGAACAUUAUUUACGGACAGCAGGAUUUAACACAGCAGACCCAAGGAUUGUACGAUUGAUAUCUUUAGCUGCUCAGAAAUUCAUAUCUGAGAUAGCUAAUGACGCUCUUCAGCAUUGUAAAACUCGAGGGGCAAAUCAAAAUACAAAAUCAAAGGGAAAAGAUCGCCGGUACACCCUGACUAUGGAAGAUUUAAUUCCUGCAGUAGCUGAAUAUGGAAUCGUGGUCAAAAAGCCGCAUUAUUUUGUAUAAAAAAAAUUUAUGCUUUUUUUCCCAUUAUUUU